GGUGCGCUCUGAUGACAUCAGAGCGGCGCCGUCGGGGCCGUGACGCGCGGGCCGUGCCGGGACAGGGGCGGCGGCGGCGGCGGGCCUGGCCCCGGGAUGGCGAUGUUCCGCAGCCUGGUGGCCUCUGCUCAGCAGCGGCAGCCGCCUGGCGGGCCCGCGGGCGGCGACAGCGGCCUGGAGGCUCAGUACAGCUGCCCCAUCUGCCUGGAAGUGUACCAUCGGCCCGUGGCCAUCGGCAGCUGCGGCCACACGUUCUGCGGAGAGUGCCUCCAGCCCUGCCUGCAGGUGCCAUCGCCCCUGUGCCCACUGUGUCGCCUGCCCUUUGACCCCAAGAAGGUGGACAGGGCCACCCAUGUGGAGAAGCAGCUCUCGUCCUACAAGGCCCCCUGCCGGGGCUGCAACAAGAAGGUAACACUGGCCAAGAUGAGGGUGCAUGUCUCCUCCUGUGUGAAGGUCCAGGAGCAGAUGGCCAGCUGCCCCAAGUUCGUCCCCGUGGUGCCCACGGCCCAGCCCAUCCCCAGCGCCAUCCCCAACAGGUCCACCUUCACCUGCCCCUACUGCGGCGCCCGCAACCUGGACCAGCAGGAGCUGGUGAGGCACUGUGUGGACAGCCAUCGCAGCGACCCCAACCGCGUGGUGUGCCCCGUCUGCUCGGCCAUGCCCUGGGGCGACCCUGGCUACAAGAGCGCCAACUUCCUGCAGCACCUGCUCCACCGCCACAAGUUCUCCUACGACACCUUCGUGGACUACAGCAUCGACGAGGAGGCUGCCUUCCAGGCCGCCCUGGCCCUGUCUCUCUCCGAAAACUGACAGCAUGGCCCAGCCUCUGGGACGGAGCCCUCCCGCCUGGAGGGACAGCCACACUGGCUCUCUGUGGCCCAGCACCCACACUGGAGGCACCUUGCAGGCCAGGUGGAGCCCCCUCAUUGCUGGAGGAGACGCACCCUGAUCCCACCCAUGACCGGGAGGCUGGGUCUCUCACCCUUCAGCUGCCACCCAUGCUUCGUCGGUGCCUUCGGGCCAGCCUCUGGGGACUGAGAGCCGCCGGCCGUCUGUCUCAAAGCCAUGAUGUCCUUCCCGUGCUGAGAGGGACCCCUUCGGGCUGAGCUGCUGACCAGGGACGCGCGGGGGAAGACCUGCCAGUGGCCGGCUGGCCCGGCGGCACAGCGCUCACCCCUCGUGCACAGGCACCAGCCUUUGUUGGCAGCUCGAGGCUCUGGCUUUUUCUGCGUUAUCCAACGUGAGAAACCUCUUCAUGUUUUAUAGCGCAAAGACAAGGCAAUUACUCUUCAUAUCGCAAUAUGUGUUUGACUAGGAACAAUAGUAUUUUUAUGGGACAUUUACAAAAUUAUUUUUUUUAAAAAAACAACCAAAAAUGAGCAGCUGUGUGCAGGGUAGGGAAGGAGAGGGGCAACUGUGGCCGCGCCCCCAGUCCUCUCACUGUCUUCAGGGCCCCGUGGCUGGUGUGCAGUGAUGACGACCCAGGGGAAGUGCCAGCACUUGGGUGUGGCAGUGGCUGGGUCUGCUCCACGGCCUCCCCUGCAGGCCGGGCGUCUCCUGCCUGGGGUCCUGGCCACAGCCCCGCCCCAGGCAGGGCCCCCGGUGAGGACAGCCAGUGGCCUGUGCGGUCGCGGCCAGGCUGGAAAACACGUGGUGGUACCCUUGUUCAGUUCAUGGCAUGAAAUUAUUGCUGUCUUUUAAAAAAAUUUAAUAAAAUGUUUCAGAGCA